CGAUCCUCGAUUGGAUUCCGCUUGUUAUGUGCAAAUUUUUGACGUUUUUGCUGAUUUUGAGAAAUAAUUUUCAUCCCGAAAGCAAAAAGUGGCUCUUUUUAUUGUUAUAAAACCCGACAUUAUGUAAGGGAGCAUUCCUAAAAACUCGUAUUCAAAACGGAUUCCGAUCCUGUUGCGGUGAUAAACUAUGACAACGUUCAACUUCAAGUUCAGUAUUAAAUCCAUGAGACUGCUGAUAUGCUUCAUCGGUGUGAGUUCCCUGAUGCUGUUGGUCUACUGUCUGUACAGUACCUUGAACACCCCGGAAAAGGCCAUUCCGCAGCUAAUUCCUGGGGCCGAUCAGCAGGUCAUCAGCUACGAGUUGCUGCGUAGCCAGAAUGCUGCCCUGGUACCGGAGAAGUACAACGAACAUGAGGUCAAAUCGCGCAUCAUCCGGGAGAAGAUAAAACGGUUGGCCGGAGGACGGAAUGGCCAUCACGGAGGAGAGCUGAGCACCCCGGCCAGACGGAAUCGAACGAUUGCCCUGAACCGCAACAUACAAAUCUUCUACUAUGCACCGGUGGCCUGGUACAAACCGCAUCCUACAUUACCGAGUGAUAGGGUUGUCAGUCGAAUAACCGAAAACGGUUCCGCUGUAUCGUUCCGUCCAAACGAGGAUCAGGUGAUCAACAUUGCGUUCUAUCCGAAGCGAAAACUGUACAACACGACGGAGAGCAUCGUGCGGGAGCAUUUUAACGAUAUACAAAACUGUGGCAUCGGAACUGUGAUCCUGGUGUGGCACCCGGCCUUCAACGAGGGACUGCUGAGGGCGAUCUUCAAAACGGCUGCAAUACACAACCUGAAGAUUGCCGUCGAGAUCAAGGAGUACCACGAGCGCACAAUUGAGAGCAUUCGCAGCAAUAUUAAAUACUUUUUGGACCUGUUCGGCAGAGAAGACGGAAGUACGUUGAGCUACUUUCGGGUUUUGUCCAAGCAACGGGACCUUCCAAUAUUCUACAUUCGAAAGGCGUACAAAAUACAGGACGCCGAAUGGAUGCGACUGCUUUCCCGAAACGGGAUGUUGACCAUCCGAGGGACAAGUUACGAUGCUAUAGUUCUCGCACACAUUUCCACAAAGGAGCACAAAUCAGUCGUAAGGAGAGGUGGAUUCGAUGGCUUCUACACGUAUCUUCCGAGUAAUGGAGCCAACUACGCUUCAACGUGGAAGAACUGGUCUGAGCUAAAGAAGUUUGCCGACACCUACCACCUGAUGUUUGUGCCAACGAUCGGCCCAGGGUAUUAUGAUCGCAAAAAGUACCUACGCACGGCCAGUCAAAAUCACGGGAUUUCGAACAUUAAAAGGUACCGAUCGAAUGGCCAAUACUUUGACGUAGCCUGGCGGACGGCACUGAAAAACAAUGCCCAGAUCGUGACCAUCAACAGCUACAACAAUUGGGUUGACGGCACCCAAAUAGAAGCGGCCAUUCCGGUGUUUGGCUUCCGAGAUUACCUGCCGGGACCUCCAGAAAAGUACCUGGAUCUCACACAAACCUGGAUCGAGGAGUACCUCAAGUACAAACUCAACAGUAUAAAGUUGGGUAGGAAGAACGAAAACGCCCUCGGGUGUUACGAGUUCAUCAACAAUACGAUUUGUUAAGCAGCUUGGAUAAGAACGAAAUUUUAACGAUCUACACAAUUUCUAUUAUACGAUCUUCUUCCUUCGCUAACUUAGUGAGCACCACCUACAGAAGGACUUGAAUUCCGAAGGAUCCAAAUGAGAUGUUCUUUCAAGCAACUUCCAAUAGAAAGCAAUUGUUAAAGUUUCCACAAAAUAGAUUGACUGAACGCCUCAAAAACAAAUUAUUUGACAAUAUUGAUUAUCGUUGAUUUUUGGAGAGAACCAGUUUUCUCAAAUCUCUCAGCUUAGAUCCUUUGGAAUAAAGUUGAAAUUGUAGCACAAUAGAAGCUUUUUGUAGGGAUAGAGUCAUUUUCCAACCAAAACCUAAACUUUUGAUCUCACCAAGUGAGAGUCAGAAUCCGUAGAUAUCUGCGCAAUAAACAGGAAUGAGUUUGUCAGGGAUUUUAAGGGAGCAUCAGCCUCUUUUUUCGGACGCGAAGCAUCUCACUGACUAAGCACAAAGAAAGGCCAAAGUUGAUCACUUUUAAACAAUCUGUAACUUGUUAUCGAAGCCAAACUGUAGACGGUUACCCAAUAAAAAAAUAAGAAAA